AUGGCAGAAGCCAGCAAAAUCAGAGGCAGCUUCAACAGCACUAUCAUCGAGCUGAGGCACAAAGAAGCUGCAAGACAACUGAAAUCUGACCCGCAAGUGACAAUCAGGCGUGCAGACAAAGCUUCUCCAUACGUACUCAUAGACACCAAGGAAUAUUUACGGAAAUUAGACGAUAUCCUGGACGAUACGAGCAAAUUCAUGAAGAUCACCAAGGACCCAACAGAGGCCCUCAAAAGUAAACUCAACAAGAUCAUCGUGAAAAACAACUCUGUUAGCAAGACGGUCAAGUUUGAUAAGCUCACUGGCGACUACAGCAUGGGUUACUGCUACGGGAAUAUAAAAACCCACAAGCCUGGCAAUAAGCUUCGCCCGAUUAUUUCACAAAUUCCUGCUCCAACCUACGGGAUAGCCAAGAGACUGUGUACUCUCCUCACCCCCUACGUACCUUCGACAUUUUUACUACAAUCAGCCUCAGAUUUCCUCGACAUACUCAAGACUAGCAACAGCAAAGGAGUCAUCGCUUCGUUGAACGUUGAAUCUCAGUUUACAAAUGUUCCAGUGGACCGCACCAUCGACCUUAUUAUUCAACGCAUCUACUACAACGAUUCCACCCCCGCACUUGACAUGCCCGAAGCAGCGCUGCGUGAAUUGCUUGAAUGGUGCACGGAAGAAGCGCCUUUCAUUUGUCCCCGUGGAAACAAGUUCCGCCAGAUUGAUGGGGUCGCUAUGGGCUCACACCUUGAAGUUUUACUUGCCAACUUUUUUAUGGGAAGCAUAGAAGAAGAAGUCUCCAAAGAAACAGAAAAACCAGACAUCUACUGCCGAUACAUAGACGACAUAUUCAUCAAGACGAAGAAUCAGGCUGAAAUAGAACAGCUCCGACAUCGCCUUCAACAAGCCUCCGGCCUCAACUUCACAACAGAGAACAGUGUAAACGGUUCCAUGCCCUUUCUCAACAUACUCGUGAAGCAGACAGGCGAGUCCUUCAACACAGAAGUCUAUGUUAAAACUACAAACCCCGGACACUGCCUGAACGGUAGAAGUGAAUGCCCACAACGAUAUAAAGACUCCACUAUUAGAAGAGCUCUUACACACUGCAGUACCUGGAAACAAAUAUAUUACAAGAAUAAGAAAUCCAGCUAUCUCCUCCUCAAGAACAGUCCAGACAUCAAGAGAGAAGCAAUGCAGAAGUCACACGUCUCAGAGACAGUGUGCGGCGAGGACAGCUUAUUCUCACUGGCUGAAUAG